AUGGGAAGAUUCAUCACUCGCCAAGUGUUGCGGGUGUUCAAUAGUGAGGCGGGCAUAAGGGAUUGGAACCACACUUUGAUAGGCCUUAUCCCCAAGAAAGAUAAGCCGGAAGAGGUUGCGGAUUUCAGGCUGGGCCUUGGGGCGACUAUUAGACUAGAAUCAAAGCGCAUUCAUCAAAGGCCACCAGAUAAUAUUCUCAUUAGCUUCGAGUAUCGGCACUGGAUACGUAAUAAGAAGAAAGGGAAUGAGGGUACGGUGGCGCUAAAGCUUGAUAUGAGCAAAGCGUAUGACCGGGUAGAGUGGGACUACCUUGAAGAUGUCAUGAUGAAGAUGAGGUUCCCAGAGAAUGCUAAAAGACUGAUCAUGAGAUGUGUGAGGUCGGUCUCGUUCAGCUUUCUACUGAACCGGAGUGUGUAUCCAUUUCUUUUCGCCUUGUGCGCGCAAGGCUUGCCAUCUUUAUUCCACAAAGCUGCAAUGAAUGACAGGAUCCGUGGGGUGCCGCUCAUAUUGAGAACUCUUAACAUAACUCACCUUUUUUUUGCGGAUAAUAGCUUGCUAUUCUUUCAAGCUAAGGGGACUAAACAAUGGUGA